UAAAAAACGAAGUAGGGGAUAACAUCAACACAUUAACAAAUAAUAACAUUUGUCAAUUUUCUGUAAGAAUCUUAAAAAUGGGUGUAACUGGAUUGUGGAAGCUAAUUGAGCCGGUAGGAAAGCCAGUUCCCGUAGAGACAUUGGAGGGUAAAGUACUUGCAGUUGACAUAUCAAUUUGGUUGCAUCAGGUAGUAAAGGGGUUUCAGGACAGUAAGGGAUCUGCGUUAAACAAUGCACAUCUGUUGGGUUUGUUCCACCGCCUCUGCAAAUUGCUUUAUUACCGUGUUCGUCCAGUGUUCAUAUUUGACGGUUGUGUGCCUCAACUUAAGCGUGACACAAUUGCUCGCCGAAACCAACAGCGCAGUAAGCUUAGCAAUGAGGCGGAUCGCUUACAAGCCCUUUUGUUACAUUCUCUGGCCAAGGAGAAAGUGGUGCAACAGGCGUUGGGCACAAAUGCAGAACUUCUACUAAAGUCGCCUGGUAAAAGACCAACGGGUGUAAAGUCAAAUAAGGAUGAUGAUGAUAACAUCUUCAAAUUGCCUGAGCUACCACCAAAUGCUGAUGUCAAAAAAAAUACAGUGGAUAAUGAAUUUGAUGAAAGCUAUGCGGACACAAGUGCAACUUCAGACAGCUCCUUUGAUGAGUCGACUGCUCGGCAUACUUACAAUGCCAGCUUGCAAGGGAUCGAUGUAAAAAGCCAACAUUUUAAAAGCUUGCCAGCAGAUGUUAGACAUGAAAUUCUCACGGACAUUAAGGAAACACGCAAGCAGUCGUCAUGGGGACGCCUUCAUGAGCUUCCAGCGCGCAGCGAUGACUUUUGCUCAUUUCAAAUGAAGCGACUUUUAAAAAGGCGCGCUGUACAAGAGAGCUUAGAACAAGCUGAACAAGAAAUGGGUGGACAUACACUAACAUAUGCAGAGUUAUCAGAGUUCUUUAACGAGGAAGGCAUAGUUACGCCAACAGCCAUUCAGAAGGGUACACGUCAAAUAAGUUCUGAUGAGAAUACUCGUUUUUUACUAGUACGCGAUUUAAAAAAGAAAUCAAUGCUUGAGGGCAGCCUGGUGAAGCAACCUAAAUGUGAUAUAAUCAUGGAAGACGAUGCUGUAGCUGUAGAUGCUAAUCAGCCGUGCACGUCCGCAAUGUUAAAACUUGAGGAAAAGCUAAAAAACGUCGAUAAUAAAUAUGAUGCCGAUCUGGCAAUGGCACUGGCUUUAUCGAUGGAGGACGCAAACAAAGUUUAUAAUGCUGAGGACUAUGAUUAUGAUUCGGAUCAGGAUUUGCGGCUUAAUCGCGAACAAACCAAGCAGUUGCGCAACGCCGUCAAAGGACCUGCACGCACUUAUAUGAUCGAAUAUGGUGGUAUGAACGAUGAAGAAGUAGAAAAUAUCAUGGAAUCCACACAGCUAAAUGAUACCCACAACUUGGGACAUCUAUUGCAGAAAUCCAUCAUAAGUGAUAAGGUGUAUGAAGACAGCCAAAAGCCAAGCAACUCGAUUCAAAAGAUUACUCCUACUACCCUGAUUAUAAAAGAUGAGAAAAAAGCUUGUGUUGAUUUAGUUCAGUUAGAACAGGUUGAAUUAAUAAACAUUGAUAGCGGUACUGAUUCUGAUUUGGAAGAAGUGACUGAUAAUUUAACCGAACUCUCAAAUAUUAAAGGUCUUGAAAUCUGUGUAAAUGUUAAAUGUAAUUUGGACGCACAAGAAGAUAUAUUUGCAGAUAUUUUUCAAAACAAUGGUCGAAAAAAGGACAAAAGUAAAAAUUUUGAAAAAACAAAUACAGAUAAGACUAAAACCGUACCAGAUGAGUACAACAUUUUUACAGAUGACAAGGUUAGUUACAAUCAACAGUUUGAAAAAAUUACUGUUCCAAAAGAGUUCCCAAAAAUGGAAGGAAAAAAACAAAAUACUUUUAUAAAAAUGGAUCCUUCGGGAGAUAAAUUCAGCAGUCCGCUUAUGAACCAUAAGUUGAUACUUUCUGACCUUAACCAGCAAACGAAAAAAGUUAAAAAUAUAAAAUUGGAAUCAAUAAAGUUGCCUAACCUGCCUAGCAGCACGAUCAUUGACCUGGCAUCCGAUAAUGAGGUGCAGAAAAUUGAAACAGAUUCAACAUCCAAGAAUAUUAUUGAGCUCUGUGAUAGUGAAGAGGAAAUAAGUCGAACGCCGGCUAAUAAGACGCCCAGUAAAAACAAAUCUAUAACAGAUUUUUUCGUAACCACUUACAACAUAAAGCGCACACCCGACAAGGAAAUAGAAAUAAAUGCUUCUCCACCUACAACUCCUAAGAUCGCACAGCCUUUUUAUGUAAAACGUACACCAAAAUCUGGAUAUACCGACGAUAUACUAGCCAUUGAGGACGUUCCGCCAUCUGGUAAAGCUAUAAAGUCGCUUUUUAAUGAAAAUAAUCAAAAUAAUUUGAGGAUUCUAAACCCAGAGGAACUUAUUAAGGUGGCAUCGGACAGUCUGAAAGCUCAAACAAGUGAAGAAGAGUUAAAGGCGAUAGCCCUAAAUUUGGUUCAAGAGCGUAGUGAGAUUGAGAUAGAGCGAAACCGCCAGGAUCGCAUGGGCAUGCCAAUUAGUCAACGAAUGAGCAUCGAAUGUCAGAAUCUGCUUCGUCUCUUUGGCAUACCGUACGUUAUAGCUCCAAUGGAGGCGGAAGCACAGUGUGCCUUUCUAAAUGCCGUGGAACUCACGGAUGGCACUAUAACGGACGAUAGUGACAUUUGGCUAUUCGGUGGACGCACCGUCUACAAAAACUUCUUUGCGCAGAACAAACAUGUCCUCGAAUUUAGAGCUGAUCAAAUCGAGAAAAAAUUCAACUGUAAUCGAAACAAGCUUAUCCAGCUGGCCUGCUUGGUUGGAAGUGAUUACACUACAGGUAUACAUGGUAUUGGAGCAGUGACUGCUUUGGAAAUACUGGCUUCGUUUUCAAGUUCAACCAACGAUACGAAACUCGCAUCCACCCCCGAUAACGCCCAUUCCAAGCAAUCGGUACUUUCCACACUUGUCGAAUUUCGUGAUUGGUGGCAGGCGCACAAGCUUGCCAGCAUGGUGCCAGGUAGCUCAGCGCGUCAUUCACUACGAAAGAAACUAAAGAACAUAGAACUGCAUGACGGAUUUCCUAGUGCUUCUGUGGUGGAAGCAUACCUAUCACCUAAGGUGGAUGAUAGUAGGGAUGCGUUCAGCUGGGGCUCACCUGAUAUCGAGUCCUUACGUGAAUUUGCACGUAAAUCAUUUGGCUGGACCACAUCGAAAACAGAUGACAUUCUUAUGCCUGUGAUGAAAAAAAUCAACGAGAAAAAGAUUCAGGGGUCUAUCCGAAAUUACUUUACAGCUACAAGCGCAAUACGGGUACAACAUAUAAAAGUCAGCAAGCGAGUCCAACUAGCCAUCGACAAAAUGUCGGGCAAAAUUGAUAAAAUGACCCCGGAGAAACCUUCUACACGACGAGUACGACGUAACACAACAACAUCAGAGCCUGUACUAGAGUCGUCUGGGGAAGCAACCACGACUAAAAUAAGCCACUCGGUUGCAAUACGUCGGACGCAACGAAAGCGGAAGUCAUCAGAAACGACAACAUCAUUAGCGGUUGGCAGUACUUUGACGUUAAAGGCGAAAUAUGUUCGUAAGUCAAGCAUUAAAGAAACAAGAAAUCCACAAAGACAACAAGAUAUGGAAAAAAUGGAAAUGAAUAAGGCAAAGGCAGCUGAAAUCUUUAGGAAAAACGCCGGCGACAUCUAAAUAAACUCAAACUGUUGUUUUUUCUUGAAUUUACAUUAUCUCAUAGAUCUCUUUGUCAAAACAAUUAUAAAAGCAUUUUAUUUGAAAUAUU